AAGAGUUACGGGGACUGGAUGCUCUUCACUGCUGGACAGUUGAAAAAUCGAACAAAACGUUUUUGUCAUGUUCAUCAAGUUCUAAUUGAAAAAGUGGUCGGAGCGCAUUGACACGAUGGUCUGGUCAUGGACUUCAAGCACACUUGCCUUUCUGUGGAUACAGAUAGAGAGUCUUGAUAUCGAGUACUGGAAAUGGGUUGGCUGGUUGAUAUACCCCGUGAUUCUGUCAUUCCUCUUGCCCCUGAUUAUACCCAUAUUCCUGUACUGCUGUGCAAUAUUCCUGCAUGUGUACCAGUACCGGCAACGACUACAUGAAGCCUAUGUCCACGACUUCUGGGAUGGGGCGAAGAAAACUGUGGCUGUGUUUUGGGAGGCGCAGGGAAGAAUUUGGCAUGGCUACGAGGCAGUUGGAUUGGAGCGUAUUCCAGAUGAAGGUCCGGCCAUGAUCAUAUACUACCAUGGAGCCCUGCCGAUAGACUUCUACUAUGUGAUGGCCAAAUGCCUCCUACAGAAACAGAGACAGAUACACGCCAUUGGGGAUAACUUUCUCUUCAGUAUUCCAGGGUUUCGACUGAUGAUGGAGGUUUUCUGUAUCAGCCCAGGGACCAUACACACGUGUGCAGACAUUCUCAAGGACGGACAUAUCCUAGGCAUUGCUCCAGGAGGGGUGAGAGAGGCUUUGUUCGGAGACGAGUAUUACAAGGUGCUAUGGGGGAACAGAUAUGGAUUUGCCAAAGUAGCUCUAAAUACUAAAGUGCCAGUCAUUCCAAUGUUUACCAAAAAUAUACGAGAAAGUUUCCGCACUCCGGGUUGGGGUAGAAGUUCUUUACGAUGGGUGUAUGAGAAAUGCCGACUGCCUAUAGUUCCUAUCUAUGGGCUUUUUCCAGUCAAAAUGACCACAUAUUUUGGACCACCAAUUUAUCCAGAAGAAGGCAUGACUGCUGAAGAUUUAGCCCAAAAGGUGCAAGCGGGUAUCGAGUCACUGAUCAAGGAGCACCAGAUUGUGCCAGGUAACAUCCUGCGGGCCCUCGGAGAGAGGGUUGUUGGAGAUGCCUUCAGUUGAGGUUGUGUCAGUAUCCGGCAAUGCUUAUCAGGUGUGCAGUGAAGUCAAUAUGAGAUCUUCGGUUCUUACGGAUAUCAUUAAAAGAAGAAAACUUUUCUUUUCUCAAUGAUGUUAGUCUUGUUCUUUGGUUUUCAGUCAUAUUGAUAUAGGAUUGCUUCUGAGGGAUGUUUUUGAUAUAACGAUUUUUCUGUGCAAUGUAAUAUUGGUUUUCAGUGUUGGUUUUGUAGCUUUUGUUGUUUAAAAUUUAUUUUUAAUGGAAUUAUCAAGCAAGAUAUUUAUUUAACAUUAAUUUCAAGGGAUUAAUAUAUUUUGCCAUCUUAAAAACUGAUUGUUGAUUAAUUCUAUGAAGUUUAUGCAAUUUGUCCCAAUUCAACAUUUACUAAAUAUGAGCGAUUAUUCUUAUGGAACUGAUUUGAAUCAUUUUGAGAUGCAACUAAUGUGAAUAUUAUUGUAUACAACCACAGCCAUGAUAUAUAAAAGAAUUUAAAAAUGAACAAAUCUAGUCUAUUUUGCCAUUAACCAUUAGUACAGAUAAUGCAUUUAUGUAUAAAAUUAUCUUAAACAUACCAGUAGCUGGUAAAUAUUGCAUACCAGUAGCUGGUAAAUAUUAAAAACCUGAAGCUGGUUCAUAUUGCAUACCAGUAGCUGGUAAAUAUUGCAUACUAGUAGCUGGUAAAUAUUGCAUACCAGUAGCUGGUAAAUAUUGCAUACCAGUAGCUUGUAAAUAUUGCUUACCAGUAGCUGGUAAAUAUUGCAUACCAGUAGCUGGUAAAUAUUGCAUACUAGUAGCUGGUAAAUAUUGCAUUCCAGUAGCUGGUAAAUAUUACAUACCAGUAGCUGGUAAAUAUUGCAUACCAGUUGCUGGUAAAUAUUGCAUACCAGUUGCUGGUAAAUAUUGUAUUUAAUUGUAACAUAGUGGGUCCUGUAUUGAGUAUUGUAUAACACAUCCCAGAUGCUUUAAAUAAAAUUUAUAGUGCUGUAAAAAGUACACAGCAAUAAUUUGUCACCUUAGUGCAAGAAUUCAAUAUCUGCUUCUAUUUCUAUAUGCAGUUAUUGAGUUUUUGCACGAAGGUGACAAAUUGGUUAAAGGAAGGAUAAUCAUGUAAAAGACCAGAGAAGUGUAAUGGAUAAAAAAAACUUACUAUAGAAAUACUACAAAUGAAUAUUGUUUCAUUUGACUUUUCUUAUGUAUAAUUAUUUUCAUUGGUAGGAGUCGACAAGCAGUCGAUAUCAUUAAUGGCGGUGCUUUGUCAGUAACAAAGACAACUUAAAUCAUUUUAUAUGUUACAAUUUUAUUUGGAGGUUUGCAUGAAAAUUAAUUGUUUGACAGAUUUAAACAAUUUUCAUACAGACCUCCAAAUAAAAAAUAACCUGCUGUGUAUACAUUAUGUAUCAUACAUGUAAUGGUAUGAAAAUGAGCGAAUCUUGGCUUUUGGUUUAAGACAUCAUAGUAUUUAGGUAUCAACUUAUAAUAGUUUCAUUUUUGUAAAUCAUGUGCUAGUAUAUACUUAUAGUUCAUUCCUCCGAAAGUCUUUCAGGGUUUAAUACGGAUCAAUAUUUGUGUCCAUUAAUCAUGUUAUUUGUAUAUGGUAACUUCUGUUUGUUUUCUAUUUAUGUGUAUCCGAAUCCAUUGUUUGACAUCUUAUUUGUUAGCAAAGUUGAUUAUUAAGAAUUUGUUAUUUAAUGACUUUAUUUAAUUUUCUUAUUAAUUUGAAGGAUUGAGGUUUUGUUAUGAAUCCUAAUGAUAAAUAUUCAUCACUGUUUAUGCUCCA